CCUCUUGAUGCCUCCUGGAGCAGUACGAAACAUCACAGCAUGUGAGAAAUAACUUUCAAAACUCUCUGCUGUAUAAAAAACCAUCAGUGUUGUUAAAGGCUGCCCCCACCUUCUUUUAUGAAACCCAGAAUAACCGCUCACCUGUUUGGUCUCUCCAGCACCUCCCCCUCCCUCCCGCAACUGCAGCUGCGCAAACCCCGUAAGUAGACUGUUUUCCUUAAAGGCCUCAGGGUGAUCAUAGCUUCUUUUAGUCUUUCAACCAAAAUUUUUAGAGUUCGGCUAGGGGGAGGGGUAGCUCACCCUAAUUUCACUUAGCGCCGUUUAAUCUCGGCUUCCUAGACCAGGGGACAAAAAACAAAUUCGAGAGGCAGUUUCUGUAAGACUAGAAAGCAGUUCUGUAGGUGCUGGGGUAUCAUUGGUGCCAAAGGAAUGCACAGUCCUUAACGGGGAUGGGAAAGGGGUUGAUCGCAGACGAAAUGGGUAAUACUUUACAUGAAAUUCAUAGCGAAAAUCCUAGAACAGGACAUUUAAAUUCACUGCGUGAGAUGGACUGGGUGGGGAACUGCAAUCGGAAACGACGCUUGUGUUUUUUAAAUGCGUCUUUACUUGGGAAAGCAGGGCAGGGAAAGAAAGGUCAUCGUCUGUUUGAUUUCCACCCCCGGCCUCGGACUUCCAGCCUUAGCUCUCGGCGGCCUCAGCUGUUGUACACACACAGAGGGGAGGGGGGAAGGGAGGGUGGAGGCGUGGAGGAGGGGCUGGCUGGGAGGAAUCUGGGCGCCCUGCCGCGCAUGCGCCUUUCCGGAGCAACAAGUGGGCUCCACAGACAGAGGAAGUGUAAAGGGGGGUGGGGGGGACUGGUGCAGAGCAUGGCGGUGACGUCAGCGCUCCGCCCGGGCGGCAUCCCGCGCGGCCAAGCUGGGGACAGCGCGAGCCGCAGCCCGAGAAGGAGCGCCGAGACGCGCCUCCGGAACGUAGAGUAACAAUCACAACCCCACAUUCCGGGCAAGCGCGAGCGGGAAGGGAUGCAACCCGGGCGGAGGCGCCGCGCGAGCGCCCUGCAGCCAACGUGAGCGCUGCGACCCUUGGCGGCCGGGGCGCCCGUCAGGCCAGGGGGCGCCGGGAGCCUGAGUGCGUGCGCUCCUCUCCUCUCGUGCGUCCUGGAAGCGGUGGCCGCGGCAGGUCCCUCCGGCGUGCAAACUCUGCCGCCACCAGCGGAACGGCUGACCCUACGGAGAGGAGAAGCUCCUCUCACGGCUGCCACCUCCCUCCCCAGGCCCUCCGGGGAAGCAGCGGCUUCAGCAAGACUGGACCCGGGCAACGGGUGGCACAGCCCUCUAGCCCUGGCCCCAGGGUGCCUGGCGGGGAGAGGACGAAGCUCGUAGGGGGCCCCCGGGGGAGAGGAAGAGACAGCCCCCUCUGCGCGUCCACGCACCAGCCGCUCCGGGGAGGGGGCCCAGAGGCAGCGGCGACCGGCACCGGACACCCUCGCCCCCUCCCCCUGGGCCCGGCGCGUCCAGCCCCGACCCGCGACACCAGGAAGAAGGCGCCUGAGCUCUCCCGACGCGACAGCCGCAGUAGGAGGUGGGGGCGAGGAGCGCGUACAGCCUGUCGCCGCCCGGGCAGUGGGGCCCUCGUGGAGAGGCGCUGCGCCCGCGGUGGAGACUCGCGUUCCCUCCAGCCCCUGGGGCAGAACUUUCUCGCCCCCUCUCCCUCCCCCGCAGCCGGACUCCCUCCCCAACCAGCCAGUCCUCCCGGAGGAGAAGGCGCCGCGGAGACAGCCCGGGCGGGGGCCUACUUUCCCCAGGGCUGGCAUCAUGUCGGCAGCGCAGGUGUCCUCGUCCCGGAGACAAUCUUGCUACCUGUGCGACCUGCCCCGUAUGCCCUGGGCCAUGAUCUGGGACUUCUCGGAACCCGUGUGCCGCGGCUGCGUCAACUACGAGGGCGCCGAUCGCAUAGAGUUCGUGAUCGAGACAGCGCGGCAGCUCAAGAGGGCUCACGGCUGCUUCCAGGAGGGCCGCUCCCCGGGGCCGCCGCCGCCCGUGGGGGUCAAGACGGUGGCCCUGUCGGCCAAGGAGGCGGCGGCGGCGGCAGCAGCAGCGGCUGCUGCAGCGGCCGCAGCGCAGCAGCAACAGCAGCAACCGCAGCCUCCGCAGCAGCUCAACCACGUCGACGGGUCCAGCAAACCCGCGGUGCUAGCGGCUCCCGCCGGCCUGGAGCGCUAUGGCCUGAGCGCGGCUGCUGCCGCCGCCGCCGCCGCCGUCACGGUGGAGCAGCGCGGCCGCUUCGAGUACCCACCACCGCCGGUGAGCCUGGGAGGUGCCGGCCACGCCGCGCGGCUGCCCAAUGGUCUGGGGGGCCCCAACGGCUUCCCCAAGCCGGCACCGGAGGAGGGACCCCCGGAACUGAACCGUCAGAGCCCCAACUCAUCGUCAGCAGCAGCGGCUUCGGUGGCAUCUCGGCGUGGGACACACGGGGGACUGGUGACUGGGCUGCCCAACCCGGGGGGUGGCGGGGGACCCCAGAUCGCCGUGCCCCCCAACCUUCUGCCGCAGACGCUGCUUAACGGCCCGGCCAGCGCGGCUGUAUUGCCCCCGCCCCCACCCCACGGGCUGGGCACUCGUGGGCCCCCCACGCCCGCUCCACCUGGGGCACCCGGGGGUCCUGCCUGUCUCGGGGGUGCCUCGGGCUCAUCGGUGGCGGCGUCUUCUGCGGCGUCUUCGACCUCAUCGUCGGUGGCAGAGGUGGGCGUGGGUGCUGGUGGCAAGAGGCCCGGGUCGGUGUCGAGCACCGACCAGGAGCGCGAACUGAAGGAGAAGCAGCGCAACGCGGAGGCCCUGGCCGAGCUGAGCGAAAGCCUGCGCAACCGCGCAGAGGAGUGGGCCAACAAGCCCAAGAUGGUCCGGGACACACUGCUCACGCUGGCAGGCUGCACGCCUUACGAGGUGCGCUUCAAGAAGGAUCAUUCGCUCCUAGGCCGUGUCUUUGCCUUUGAUGCUGUCUCCAAGCCUGGGAUGGACUACGAGCUGAAGCUAUUCAUUGAAUACCCCACCGGCUCAGGCAACGUGUACUCCAGCGCGUCCGGUGUGGCCAAGCAGAUGUACCAGGACUGCAUGAAGGACUUCGGCCGGGGUCUAUCCUCUGGUUUCAAGUAUCUGGAGUACGAAAAGAAACAUGGCUCCGGGGAUUGGCGCCUGCUUGGGGACCUGCUGCCCGAGGCCGUGCGCUUCUUCAAGGAGGGCGUGCCCGGUGCAGACAUGCUGCCCCAGCCCUACCUGGAUGCCAGCUGCCCCAUGCUGCCCACGGCGCUGGUGAGUCUCAGCCGCGCCCCUAGCGCACCUCCGGGCACGGGGGCCCUGCCCCCUGCCACUCCGUCGGGCCGGGGCACAGCCUCUAGCUUACGCAAGAGGAAGGCAUCCCCAGAACCCCCGGACUCCGCCGAGAGUGCCCUGAAGCUGGGCGAGGAACAGCAGAGGCAGCAAUGGAUGGCAAAUCAGAGCGAGGCACUGAAGCUCACCAUGUCCGCGGGGGGCUUUGCGGCACCGGGGCAUGCGGCUGGGGGUCCGCCUCCACCACCCCCACCCCUGGGACCCCAUUCUAACCGGACCACCCCUCCAGAGUCCGCCCCCCAGAACGGUCCAUCCCCCAUGGCUGCCCUUAUGUCGGUGGCAGACACUCUGGGCACGGCGCACUCGCCCAAGGAUGGCAGUUCCGUGCACUCUACCACUGCGUCCGCGCGGCGCAACAGCAGCAGCCCAGUGUCGCCCGCCUCCGUGCCGGGGCAGCGCCGCUUGGCAUCACGUAACGGGGACCUGAAUUUACAGGUGGCGCCCCCGCCGCCUACCGCCCACCCGGGCAUGGACCAAGUGCACCCCCAAAACAUUCCGGAUUCCCCCAUGGCCAACAGCGGACCCCUCUGCUGUACCAUUUGCCACGAACGUUUGGAGGACACACAUUUUGUUCAGUGCCCAUCUGUCCCCAGCCAUAAAUUUUGCUUUCCUUGCUCUAGAGAGAGUAUUAAGGCCCAGGGGGCCACUGGUGAGGUGUAUUGCCCCAGCGGAGAGAAAUGCCCCUUAGUUGGGUCGAAUGUACCUUGGGCCUUCAUGCAGGGCGAAAUUGCGACUAUCUUAGCUGGGGAUGUUAAAGUGAAAAAGGAGAGAGACCCUUGAACCACAGGGCAGCCACUUCCUUUGCCCUAGACCAGCUCCUCUCCAAGCCAGAGGGCCCCUCACUCCAGCUCCACCUUCCCUUCCCUCACCCCCAAGAUGUAGAAUUGUGAAUAUAACUGCAAAAAGUUAGUCUUAUGUAUAGACAUUAUUUUCGUCGUAUGUUUCUAUAUUUUGAAACAAAGGUAUGUAACUUCUUCAUUUGAAGGAUAAGCUGGUUUGUGUUAAGCAGUAUAAUAUUGGUUGGGUCAUUUGCAUCAUAUUCGUUAGCAUUUAUUUGGUGGCAGAAUGUUUGCCUAGGUACAAAAUUAAUAGCCUUUAGCAACGACUGCUGCUGGUGUGUAUUUUUGUAAAUGUUAUGCACUCUGAAAGGAAAAACACACAAAAGAAAAAGACUUUUUUUGCCAAGGCCAGUGUUGCUGCCUAAAAAA